GCUAAACACGCUAAAGCUCACAACGCUAAAAAAAUAUUUCGAAUCUUGAGAGAAAUUCGUGGACGCGCAUUCGAAAGACAGAUCUCGAGAGCGAUCUUUGUCGAUGCGAUUCGUGGAUGCGAACCGCGUGACGUGAAGAUGCUCGAAUCGGGCUGACACUUUGGCAUUUAUCGUUUCGAUCGAUCGAACGACAAACAUAUAUAUAUAUAUAUAUACAUAGGGAAUUGGAGAAGAGAAGAAAAGAAGAGGAGAAGAAGGAGGAGAAGAGAAGGAGAAGGAGAAGAGGAGGAGGAGAAGGAGGUGGAGAGUGGUGGACGAAGUGGAAAGAAAAGAUAGUGGACGAACGGGUGGUGCGACGUUCGGGUACGCACGUCGACAGGCCGGCUCUGGGGUGCCGGGCCCGGGCGGGGUGAUGAGCUGUUCCGAGGUGAUGUAUCAAUAUUAUCCUUACCUCUACCAGAGGCCACCGCCGCCACCACCACCGCACCCGACCCACCCUCAUACGGCCCCGCACACCCAUCCCCACACGAAUCCACAUGCGGCCCACGAUAGCCCUACCAGGUCGGCGUCUUUUCAAUCCUUCUCCGCGGCCACGGCGACGCAUCAAUACGACAGGUUGAACGUUCACCAAAGACCACUCGGACAAAUUUGUCCAGCUGCUGGUGGAAGUGUUCCACAAGGGCAACAGAGCAGCGCGGGUUCCGUCGGCUCGGCGCCUAGUCCGGCAUCGCCAAGGCCGACUCCUCAACCACGGCCACCCGUUGCAUCGACCGCUUCGCAACCCUCGAGAACGUUGGACGAUGACAGAUCGACGGACGGUACUGGGACCGCAGCGGAAGAUUCGGACGAUGGCGAGAGCAUAGCGCAAUACGUGAGCACAAAUUGCGUGGUCUUCACCCAUUAUCGAGGGGAUGCUGCGUCCGAAGUGGAGGAACACUUUCAAAGGGCAUUAGCGCACGACAAACCGAAGGAAAAUAUCUCUCCUAUGUUCAUGAGGAACUUCCCCCCUUCCUUCUGGAAGAGUCAGCAUCCCGGUGAAGUGUACGAGUGUCCAACGGAUCCAUGGCAUCCGCAUUAUCCACAAUAUCACCACAGGGCUGUGCACGAGUACCAUCACCAUAACAUGGCGACCGUGACGAGUUACGGCGGUUUGCUUUUGGGUGGUGCGCGAGGACUCGGCCACCAUGCGGCGCACCACGCGCACUCCGCGGCCUCCUACAAGGACUGGCCGUCGGCCACGCCGUCGCAGUCGUUCGUCGACGCUUCCUCCGCACCCUCUUACCCGCACGGCUAUUACGCACCCCUCUCUGGUCUCGAGUCUCAGGUUCAAGAUUCCAAAGACCUUUAUUGGUUCUAGAAGCGAGUCACGGAGUCUCGUGGGCCGAAUUAAUUCGCAACACAUCCGGUGGGUGGAUCCGCGAAAGAAAGAGGCACGAGCUCUUCGAAACGGCGAACAGGAAUCGGAGGAACGACGAAUUGUCAUCCUCGCUCGAACGAACGUAGCGACAAAAUGGCGAAUACGACGCUGUUGGGAGGACGCGAUCGAGGAGAAACGAGCCUGCUCUCAAACGUGAUACUAGCGUGCUAAGGAACGACGAUCCAUCCGGCGAAACGGAGAGCUGAUGGACGAAAGGGGGAGAGGAGAGGAAGAAAUUUUUGUUAUUACGGUCGGACGAACGUAUGCGUUCACGCCGAGCAAGUGUACAUAGUGUUACCUAAUUUACCUUAAGGAUCUACUAUUAGCGUACAACUCGGAUAGUAUUAGAGGAAGUACUUUGCGCGCACUAUUACCUUUCAUAGUGACUGACGACGAAAUAAUUACGUACUACAUAUAUGUCCGACCGGCCGCUGAAAACGACAGAUUCUCUAGUUCGUAUAGAGUGUAGGGAAUUGUAGGCCAUCGAAAGGCGAGUCGAAAUUUUCCAAAUAAUUAGAAAUAGUCGAACGAUCGAACAACUAAUCUAACGGAGUCUGAGUCUAUCUCUUCGAACGUUGUCGGACGAAACCUCCUUUUUAUUCUCGAAUGUCAUCGUUGAAACGACGUCGAAUCGAUGAGUUUCGUUAAAACGUUGUCACGAUGAGUCGUUUAUUUAUCGAAGGAAGGAAGAUGCGUGAAAGAG